AUGCCCAACAGCAGUAGCACGCUCCGGGGCGGGCUGCUCGCCGCCGCCGCCGCCAUGCUACUCGCCCGCGGCGCCAGCGCCCACGAACAUGCCUCCGACGCCGUUCCCGAGGGCUCCGUAAUUUCGCCGGACCCCCUUGACAGCAUACUCUGGCUGCACAUAUUCGCCAUGCUCGCCUCCUUCGGGGUCAUCUUCCCGACGGGGAUGGUGCUCGGGAUCGUGCGCAGCCGCUGGCACGUCCCCGUGCAGGUGCUCGGCACCUCUAUCGCCGUCGUGGGCUACUUUUUGGGCCACAUGCACAAGGGCCGCCAGUUUGCGCCAAACAUACAUGCAAAGUUCGCCAACUCGCUCAUGCUCAUGCUUUGCAUGCAGGUCGCCGGCGGCGUGUACCUCAAGUGCCAUCUGGAGAAGGGAUGGCAUGGCAGGGCGAGGGGCGUGGUGGUCAAAACGCAUGGCGUCAUAGGGAAGCUCAUGCCCUUGGUAGCGUGGACACAAAUGUUGUUUGGUGGUAUCACAGCAAUGGGCUUUUGCCAUGCAGACCACACGGGCCAGUGUCUAGCGCAUUUCAUAAUGGGCAGCUCCUUCAUUGCCUACGGCAUGAUCAUGACAUUAAUGCUCUUUGUUGGCCAGGCCUGGCUCGCCCGCACCGGCCGCUCGCAGGAGUUUUGGGAUUCCCUCGUCAUUACAAUCUGGGGUAUCAUUAACACCUUCACCGAGCACCGCUGGGGCAACAACUGGGCGCACAACGACAUCCAACACACGUCCAUGGGCAUUGUCUGGGCCUGCGCGGGUCUUCUUGGCCUAUGGCUCUCCCGUGGCAAUAAGCGCAACCUGGUACCGGGUAUUGUCAUUUUCCUGACGGGCUGGGCCAUGAGCGCGCAUCCCCAGCACCUUAUGCUCAGCACAAUGGUCCAUCAGGUGUUUGGAUACACCCUGAUGGCGGCUGGGUUGAGUAGGAUCAUCGAAAUUGCAUUUGUGGUGAAGGAUAAGCCGACGCUAGGCUCAAGGAAGGAUACGGGUGAGAUUAAUAGCUGGCAGCAUUUGCCGCCAUAUUUAUUGUUUGCGAGCGGCUUUAUCUUUAUGAGCGCAAACGAGGAGCAAUUGGCGCUCGUGGAUGCGGUUGGCAUCGAUCACGUUAGUUACUUGCUCGUGUUAUAUAGCUUGGCGUUUUUGUUGUAUCUUUUCACCAUGGUUCUUAUCAACCUCUUUGUUGUGAACAAGCCCGAGGAGAAGAAGAAGUACAUCCCCGUUUCGCUGGAGACACCCAACACCGCAAACGGAUAUGCAGGCGAACGGGAGCACCGGCGCAUUGCGGACGCGGAGGAGUUUGAGUUAGACGGGCUGAUUAGCGACGAGGAGGAGGAGGUCGUUAAGAGGCAGUAA